UCAAAUCGUCAGCUCACGUCUCUGUUUUUCCAAAAUAUUUACGAAUCAUACUUUGGGAGUGUUUUGCACGAAAUUGCGAAUUUCCCUGGGUAUUUUUCGUCGGGAACCUGCCAAUAUCGCAAAAUCGACAAUAUUUUAUCGAGGAAAACCCGUUUUAACGUAUUCAGUGCAUCCCGGAGCGAUCGAAAAGCGAUUUUUCAUUGAAAAUAGCAUGCGCACUUGCCUGGAUAAUUCACAAAGGUUCAUCAGAUUUAACUGGACUCAAUUCCUCUCAGUCAGCAGUAAUUUGUAAAUAAUGGCAAAAGGUCUGAUAUAAGUGGGCAAAUGUAUGUGAAGAUGCACGCCUGUUGCCGCGGAUCCUCUAUAAUGUUGAGUGCUUGCACUGCAGUAUUUUUAUCAAUUUUGUUCUUAUUAAAUCCAGUUGAAAGUGCUAAUCAACUGAACCGAUACAUCAGCCAUUACGAACCGCUCAGCUACGAUGUCAAAGCGGUACACCAGGCACAUCUGCGUAGCAAAAGGUCGCUGCUCCACAACGACCACGUUCAUCUGUCGUUCAAAUCCCACGAUCGCCAUUUUCGAUUGAGACUAAAACGGGACGUCGAGGCGUUCGGGGAGAGGUUGGAAAUUCACGGGGAAAACGGACCUAUCGACGUUGAUACCUCGCAUAUUUACAAAGGGUAUUUAAUUGGCGAGCCUAAAAGUGAAGUGUUCGGCUCGAUAAUCGAUGGGGUUUUCGAAGGAAAAAUCGUGUCGUCAAACGGUUCAUUUUAUGUGGAAAAAGCCCAUCACUACUUUCCACACCACUCGCACCCCAAUCGAACGUUCCAUUCUGUUAUUUACCACGAGGACCACGUUCACGAUCCUUUUGCUAAUGAACGUCAAGGACACUCCGCAGGCUGCGGUAUAAACGACGAAGUGAUAGCGUGGAUGGAGUCGAUUCAGAACUCGGCCGUUCCAGAGCCGUACUCGCAAGAUCAAGAACGAAAACUGCCAAAAAGCGACUUAUUUAACGAAGAAAACGAAGUACUCGGCGAGCAACCCUCAAACGUCCCUUACAAUGAUGGAAAUUAUAAAAGAUACAAACCCUAUGAUCAUGUCGAAAAGAGCUUCACGAAAUAUACGGAGGGUGCGAACCGGAUUCACGGGCGUCACAAAAGGGCCGCCAGAAAAGAAGAGAUCAAGAACACUACGUGCUCCCUGUAUAUACAGACCGAUCCGCUUAUUUGGAGACACAUCCGGGAGACUUUUCCGGAGCACACCGAUCCGACAAAAGUAAACGAAGUAAACGAGAAAACGAGAGAAGAGAUCUUAAGCCUGAUUGCCCACCACGUAAACGCGGUUAAUUUCAUUUACAGGGACACCAAGUUCGACGGACGUAGCGAACACAGAAACAUCAAAUUCGAAGUGCAACGCAUCAAGAUCGACGACGACUCGUCCUGUCGCUGCACCCAUCACCACUGCGAAAUGAACCAGUUCUGUCACGAGAACAUCGACGUCAGUAAUUUCCUGAAUAUACACUCCCUGGGGAAUCACGAGGAUUUCUGUCUGGCCUACGUGUUCACUUAUAGGGACUUCACCGGGGGGACCUUGGGCUUGGCCUGGGUGGCCAGCGCCAACGCGGCUUCCGGCGGCAUAUGCGAGAAGUAUAAAACUUACACGGAAACGAUCGGCGGCAUGUACCAGUCGACCAAGAGGUCCUUAAACACCGGCAUAAUAACGUUUGUAAAUUAUAAUAGUCGAGUUCCUCCGAAAGUAUCUCAGCUCACCCUCGCUCACGAGAUCGGACAUAACUUCGGAUCGCCGCACGACUAUCCGUUAGAGUGUCGUCCUGGAGGUACAGCCGGCAACUUCAUAAUGUUCGCGUCGGCCACGAGCGGCGACAGACCGAACAACAGUAAAUUUUCCAGCUGUUCCAUUAGUAACAUAAGCAGCGUUUUAGACGCGAUCCACAGCAAUAAACAGAAAAAGAAUUGCUUUAAAGCAUCUGCAGGUGCGUUUUGUGGUAACAAAAUCGUGGAGGCGGGUGAGGAAUGCGAUUGCGGUUACGACGAUAACGAGUGUCGGGAUAAAUGCUGUUAUCCCCGGUACAUAAGUGCCGAGGAUCGACUUAAUAAUCCGAACGCGGUGGGUUGUAGGAGAAGAGAUGGCGCUCAGUGCAGUCCGAGUCAAGGUCCUUGCUGCGACGGCGCCACUUGUAGAUUUAUCUCCUCGUCGCAGUCGCAGAGCACUUUAUUAUGUAAACCUGAAUCCGAUUGCUCCAGGGCCUCCUUCUGUAACGGCUCAUCCGCGGAAUGCCCUAAUCCUCAACCGAAACGUGAUAAAACCAGGUGCAAUAACGAUACGCAGUUGUGCAUACAGGGCGAAUGUGCUGGAUCGAUAUGCCUAGAAUGGAACCUCCAGGCGUGUUCUCUAACCUCCCAGGACCAUCCCGACAUCGACAAACGGAAACUGUGCGAACUGGCGUGUCAAAACGGCACCGACAUUUGUCGAAGUACCAGCGAGUUUGCCGACAAAGUCGGGUUGCCUUUUGGGGGUAUUAGUUUAAGACCCGGAUCACCCUGUGAUAAUUAUCAAGGAUACUGUGACGUUUUUCUCAAAUGUCGCGCCGUGGAUGCCGACGGCCCGCUAGUUCGCCUGAUGAAUUUCCUAUUGGAUAAAAAAACGCUUUCGACGGUUGCGCAGUGGGUCACGGUGUAUUGGUGGGCGGUGCUUCUCUUGGGCGUGGCCUUCAUUAUUUUCAUGGGGUUGUUUAUUAAAUGUUGCGCCGUGCACACGCCCUCGUCGAAUCCGAAAAAACCCCCGGCCAGACGCAUUAGCGACACCCUUCGGAGACCGAUGAACACGCUUCGAAGAAUGCGGUACCACCAUGGCGGGCCAGGGAGGCACCAGGUACCAGUGCCGCAGUCCGGGGUGGGCAGAAAUCGUCCUGAGAGGGGGGGCAGACCGGCGGGGAGCCAAACUGGGGGCCCACGACCCGGUUACGGGGAGGGACGGGGUCAUUAUCAGGCUCCCAAAGGUAAAGGUAGUAAAUACUAUUAUCCGAUAGCCACGGGGCCGUCUACAGCAGCUGCCAACUAUCAGUACGCCGAAGCGUACGAAAUGAGAAAUAAAGUCUGACAGGAAGGUGACAGCGGGGCAGAAGGAGCAGCAAACGUGCCCAAAAGGGUCUCGCCGCCGCCAGAUUACCCGGGUACCCCCACGUUGGCUAACAUCGUAUCGAACCUACAGCCCGGUACCAACGUCACAAACCGACUCAUCUACAUCAAUUCGAACCAAGAGAACCCACUGACGCCCCCCGAAGCGGGCGUCCUAACUAACCCUUUAACAAUCGAGAACCAUAAAGAACCACACACGAAUUAUUUGUAAAUGUGUGAGUCUUUUUUUUUAAUUAAUUAACGCAUUAUUUCGGGUGGGUUUCUACUCCAGUUUACUCAUUAAUUUAUUCGGGAAUCGUUUAUGUUAGCCAAUGAAAUGUGAUUAAUCCAGGAACAACUUUAUUAAACAAAUGCAGCAUGUGA